AUGGUAGAAGAUGCUAUCACGGACUUCAGUGGAGGGAAUUUGACAGUGUAUGGGGCUAAUGAAACGGCGUCCAUCUUUAGCACCUAUCUCUCAGAGCACCUAUCUCUCAGCAGCAGCAUCCUAGACCAGGUGGUGGCCACUGCCAUGUUGAUGCUCUGCAUCCUCCCAUUGGAUGAGCAGAAGAAUAGUCCUGCCCCCGACGCUCUGAUCCCGCCCAUCGUUGCCGUGGUAGUCCUGGGGAUCGGCAUGUCGAUGUCGUCCAAUUGCGGCGGAGCGAUAAACCCUGCCCGUGACCUGGGGCCACGCCUCUUGACACUGACCGCCGGCUGGGGCACUGAGGUGUUCACGUGUUAUAACUACUGGUUCUGGGUUCCCAUGAUGGCUCCUCUGCUGGGAGGGAUGAUGGGCUCUGGGAUGUAUCUGGUCUUCAUCGCAUGGCACCUGCCCGACCUUCCAAAGAACCCUCCCAUAGACAGCUCCUCUACCAAGCCCACCACGGAGGUGUGGAAGCAGCCCCCAGCACCAGAGAAGGAAGGCGUGGAGUUGAAAACUGCCGUUUUCUAGAAAGGGUAGAGAGAGUCAGGCCGACUGUUGAAGUGAGAUUGAAAUGAAAAGAUUUUCGCUCAAUCACUGAAUUCCAUCUGACUUGCAAGAGACUCCUACUAGAUGUGACCCACUGGGCAAAAACUGGUGAAUCAAUGUUGUUUCCAUGUCAUUUCAACCCCAAAAUGAAUGGGAUGAUGUUGAAUCAAUGUGAAAAACUGAUUGGAUUUGCAAAAACUCGUCAAUAUAUCGGCAUUUCAUCUUAUUUUCACCCAACUUUUCACCUAAUUCCAAUGUUGUUGAUUUCAUGUUGAAUUCACAUUAGUUGACAACCCAACCAAAUGUCAAUCAAAACUAGAUGUUGAAUUGACUGCUUUGCCCAGUGGGGAGACAUUUCUCUGGCUGUUUCCUAUAGGAGAAAGGACAUGCUAACAGACUGAUGGGAGAACAUUUGUCCAAGCCUCCUCUCCUGUCAUUUUGUUCUAUUGACAUGAUACUGCUGAUUGAAGAUCAGAUGUAUAUAUUAGUAGUGAACUUCAAAAACAGAGUCAGAGGUAAAAGGAGAAGUUGAUACUAUGAUUAGAGCCAGGCGUUCUGGUUGUUUUUUGAGGGUUUUAUCUUUGACAGGUAUUUACAACAUUAUCCACUGGGUUUGCUGCAGGCAGAAAAUCCAAGGAAACACUCUUUAAUUGAAACAAGCUGUCUCCAAUCAAUAAUUCAUCGUUUG